UCCGUGCUGAGGACGGAUCAGUAAAAGACUCCAGUGUUUAGUUUUAUAAAGAAAUAGCGACACCACAAACUGCUGGAUGUGGUUUGAAAAGCUGAAACUAAACUACAAAGAGCAGAUUCAGGCCGGGGGAGAUCUGCAGGAGGAGGAUGGACCUCAGACAAAAGUUUGAUUCGGCAUUCAAAGAGGAAGUUGUUUUGAAGGAGGAGGAAGACAGCGAGCACACGUCCUCACACUGGUUCACUCAUCAAGAUCUACCCUCAGAUGUCCAGAAAGUGAUUGUUGGUGAACAACAGCAGCCGGAGAGGAGCUGCAGUCUGGACCAGGACCAGGAGGAGCCAGAGCCCCCACACAUUAAAGAGGAACAGGAGGAACCUUGGAGCAGUCAGCAGGGAGAGCAGCUUCUUCCUGUCCCUGUGAAGAGUGAAGAAGAUGAAGAGAAACCUCAGUCCUCACAGCUUCAUCAAACACAAACUGAACAGAUGGAAACAGAUGCUGAUAGAGAGGACUGUGGAGGACCAGAACCAGACAGGAACUAUGAUCUAAAUCCAGAUUUACAACCAGAAACUGACUUCAAGGCUCCAGACUCUUCUGAGACUGAAGUCAGUGAUGGUGAAUUGAAAGAGACCAGAGAACCUCAGUCAGUUUUAAUUUAUCUGAAGAAUGAUGAAGGUUCUGCCAGAGAGAGACCAUUCAGCUGCUCCGAGUGUGGGAAAGGAUUCGGCCGCAAGGCAGAUCUGAAGAGACACAUGAUAACUCACACAGGAGAGAAACCGUUCAGCUGCUCAGUUUGUAAUAAAUCUUUUACUCAGAGUGGAAGUUUACAGAAACACAUGAGAAUCCACACAAGGAAGAAACUGUCAAGCUGCCCUGACUGUGGUAAUGGUUUCACUAAGAUUCACUUAAAAACUCACACAGGAGAAAUAUCUUUCAGUUGUUCAGUGUGCGGUAAAGCAAAACACGUAGAGAAACGCUUUAACGGCAGUGCUUUUGACAAAGUGUUGGAGAAGCCAGAGCCUCCAGCCAGCAGCACAAAUGAACACAUAAAAACAGAAGCUGAUGGAGAGGACUGUGGAGGAUCAGAACCAGACAGGAACUCUGAUUCAGGUACACAUUUACAACCUGAUUCUGAAGACGACACUAGAGACCCUUUUGUAGCUGAGAUUGAAGUCAGUUGUGACGAUUGGGAGGACACCAGAGAACCUCAGUCAAGUUUAAACUCUCUGAACAAUAAAGUCCCUGCCAGUGAGUUUAGAGGUGAGAAAGCAUUUAGCUGUUCCGAGUGUGAAAAAAGAUUUGGCACCGGUGGACAACUGAAAAGACACAUGAGAACUCACACAGGAGAGAAACCUUUUAGCUGCUCAGUUUGUAACAAAUCAUUUACACAGAGUGGGUGUUUACAGAGACACAUGAGCAUCCACACAGGAGAGAAACCGUUCAGCUGCUCAGUGUGUGAGCAAAGCUUCAAACAGAAGGUUCACUUGUCACAACACAUGGCGGUCCAUGGAGGAGCGACACCUCUCAGCUGCACAGUGUGUCAUAAAGGCUUCAUUCAUAACAGCCAAAUGAAGAGACACAUGAGAACUCAUGCAGAAGAGAAACCAUAUAGUUGCUCCACUUGCGGUAAAGGUUUCAUUCAACAAAGUAAGAUGACCAUACACAUGAGAGUUCAUACAGGAGAGAAACCGUAUAGUUGCUCAGAGUGUGGUAAAAGUUUCAUUCAAGGCAGUAAAUUAAAGAAACACAUGAGAACUCAUACAGCAGAGAAACCUUAUACGUGCUCAGUUUGUGGCAAAGGUUUCACAGUCGAGGAAGAUUUGACACAACAUAUGUUCAUCCACACAGCAGAGAAACAAAUUAGCUGCAGUGUUUGUAACAAAAUGUUCAUUUGGCCUCUUCAGUGUAAAACUCAUAAAUGUGUUGAUGGUCAGUCCUCACAGCUUCAAACUCAAACUGAGAACAGAGAGACAGAGCCUCCAGCCAGCAGCUCAACUGAACAGAUCAAAACAGAAGCUGAUGGAGUGGACUAUAGAAGACCAGAACCAGACAGGAACUCUGAUCCAGAUACACAUUUACAAUCGAAUACUGAAGACCAGAUUGGAGAAUCUUCUGAAACUGACACAGCUGAUAGUGUUGAUUUGAAGGAGACCAAAGACCCUCAUUUGGGUUUAAACUCUCCGAAAAAUGAUGAAGUCCCUGUGGAUGAUUUUAGAUGUGGUGCUGGUGAGAAACCACUAAGCUGCUCUGAGUGUGGGAAAAGAUUUUACCGCAAGGCAAAUCUUAAGAUACACAUGAGGACUCAUACAGGAGAGAAACCUUUCAGCUGCUCACUUUGUAAUAAAUCGUUUACACAAAGUGGAAGUUUACAGAGACACAUGAUGAGCCACACGGGAGAGAAACCUUUCAGCUGCUCUGAAUGUGGGAAAAGAUUUGGCACAAGCGGGCACCUGCAAAGACACGUGUUAAUACAUGCAGAGAAAAAACCUUUCAGUUGCACAGUGUGUGGCAAAGGGUUCAUUGAAAGUAGAAUUCUGAAGAUACACUUGCGGAAUCACACAGGAGAGAAACCAUUCAGUUGCUCUCAGUGUGGGAAAAGAUUUCGCACUAGUGGAAAUCUGCAGAGACACAUGGUCAUCCAUGCAGAAGAGAAACCGUUUAGCUGUUCUAUGUGUGAGAAACGAUUCGACCGCAAGUCAAAUUUAAAGAUGCACCUGAGAGCUCAUACAGGAGAGAAACCUUUCAGCUGCUCAGUUUGUGAGAAAUCCUUCUCACAGAAUGGAAGUUUACAGACACACCUGAGAACUCACACAGGAGAGAAACCAUUCAGCUGCUCUGAUUGUGGUAAGCGAUUUGACACCAGUGGACAUCUGAAGAGACAUGUGUUGAUCCAUGCAGAGGAGAAACCUUUCAGCUGCUCAGUGUGUGGGAAAGGCUUCAUGGAAAGUAGAACUCUGAAGAAACACUUUAGAAAUCAUACAGGAGAGAAAACGUACAGUUGCAACAUGUGUGACCAAAGUUUUGCCUCAUCUCAUGAGGUGAAAAUGCAUAAAUGUAUUGGUGGUCAGUCCUCACAGCUUCAUCAACCUCAAACUCAGGAGAACAGAGAGACAGAGCCUCCAGCCAGCAGCUCAACUGAACAGAUGAAAACAGAAUCUGAUGGAGAGGACUGUGGAAGACCAAAACCACAAAGAAACUCUGAUCCAGAUACUGAAGACCAGACUGGAGACUCUUCUGAACCUGAGACUGAUGACAGCCAUGAUUGGAAGGACGAUUCACAUUAAACUGCAAGAUGUGAAGUUUAAAAUUGCUAACAAGUAAACAACAAAUUAUAUUUGAAUAAAAAGUUGUUCAGAAAUGCUGCAGUGCUGCACACAUUAAUGUGCAAUGGUACGUUUUUAUGAAUAAAUAAGUGCAUCUUACAAAAAAAAACUGCAUAUAUAUUUGUUGAUCUGAAGUAUGAAUUAUUGGUCUCUUUUAUAGCAGACUAACUGUGGACUGUCAGUGCUGUUUUACUUUAUUGUCUGUACUCAUUUAUUUUAUUUUAUUUUAUUUUACCACAGAAGUCUUGUGUUUACCUUCUGUUUGUCAGUGAAGUUUUAGCAAAUCUGUGCUGUUUGUUGGGCAGAGGAACACAGACAGAUACAUUUUUAGGGGAAUUUGUGAAUCAAUGACAGAAAACUAAGUGCCUUUGUGUUUUUGAAGUCGAAUCAGAAUCAACUUUAUUGGCAUUUGACUCCUGUUUGCAGUAACUCUUUGAUAUAUCGCACAGAACAAAAAAAGAGGCUAAGAAACACUAAAAAGUUCAACAGGAGUUAUAAAUAGAAUAUUAGCUGUAAGUAUGUUUGUUUAAUUAGUUAUAUCACAACUCUACAGUGUAGUUAUUGCUGAUUAAAUCAUAUCCUAUUUAAGCAGUUGAAUUUGUAUUUAUAAUGGUAUAUUUAUUAUCAUAUCGUUUAACUCUUGAGUUUUGGUCUAUUUUGUCUGUUUUCUGAAUCCUUUUCAUUCUGCCUGUGUAUAAACUUUAAAAUGUUUACCAUGCCAUGUUGGUAUUAUUCUUUUCAGCACAACCUCACCUUUAUGACCUGAUAUAUAUUUAUUUACUUUGACUUUCUGGAUCAACUUUUGAACCCAAACAAAUCACAAUAACUACUUUCAAACCCCAAUCCUGUUCAAUGAAGAAUUCUGAAUGUUUUCCAGAUGAUUGUCCUUAAUAUAUUUGACCUUAUCUCAGGUUUUACUUACCUAUCAUCAUCAAACAUGAACUGGCCUCAUG